AUGAAACUACAUUUGAGCACAUAUUCUUACAAAAAUCCUAAUAUGGAUGUGACAAAUCUAUCAAAACUGAAACUAAUACUUUUCACAAUGUUCUGUGCAACACUACUAUUCAUUGUAACAUCAAGUCGAUAUUUAACUGGCUCAGAAUCUUUUGGAGUAGUACCUAGUGAAAUCCCCAAACCAACUGUGGAAUUGAAUGAAGAGUUUUCACAUCAAAUCACUCUCAAACUACAAGAAUUGGCUUCAUUCGAUAAGUUCAAUUCAUUCCCAUUAAUAGAUAAACAUAUGAAAGAUGAUAUUUAUCGGUCAAUGACAUUAGAAACUUUUACUGAUCCGCUUCCGUACCUUGAAAAUUACAACGAAGAAGAGUAUUCAGAACUGAAUUACCCCAUUUGUUCAGAGAAAUUGGCGUUUCCAAAUGAAAUCAAACUGACAAAACAAGAGUAUCUACCAGCAGACUUACAGCAGUUUUUGGAAAUUUUGAUUAACAUGAAACCUUACUAUAAUAUGAUUGAAAAGGCGAAAUCAUAUUUUAUCUCUGAUUUACCAGAAAAAAAGAAAUGGUUUAGGUUUGCUGGAUCAUCAAUAUGGUUACCACAAUUCAAAUGCCACUACAUGGUUAGUCGUUAUUUAUAUUCACCUAACGGAGUGGCAAAUCAUGCAUUUGCUAGUUUUUUGUAUAUCCAGUUGUUUGAUUCUGACUGGAAAGAACUCCCGCCAAAUACAACGUUAGAUAUUCCGUUUGAACAAACACCAACGGACUCCAUAUUCAAAUUCUAUAAACUGAAACAGAGAUAUGCCGAUUUCCGAAACUCAACAUAUCCUCAAAUCUUACCUAUCCCAUUUGAUUAUAAAUUGCCAACAGAAACAAAAAAAUAUUAUUAUGGACCUGAAGAUCCAAGGAUAUUAUUAAGAACGAAUCCAUUAGGAUUUGAUGAGCCUUUGAUUGUAUUUAAUAUGAAAGGCUUGAAAUUAACCAAACGGGUAAUGUAUUCUUAUUUACCCUUUUCAAACACUUUGAAACUUUUGAAAAAGAGACAAGAACCCUUUGCUAAUAUAGAAAAGAAUUGGACUCCUUUCAAAAGUGUGGCACAGCCAAGUAGAGUUCAAACUACUAUACAUUUUAUUUAUUCUAUGAUUCCUUUGGAAGUUUUAGCGUGUGAUAUUGAUUCAGGACUUUGUGAUAUUCUCCAGAAACCAGCUAAACAUGAUUAUAAUUAUGUUGGUGGAUUACGAGGUGGAACCCAGUUGGUUUCAUUACCUUUGAAUGAAACUAUUCCCAGCGAGAUUAGAACCAAAUUACCAAUACCGAAAAACAGACAAGUUUAUAUUGGCUGGGCUAGAACUCACUUGAACAAUUGUGGAUGUGGCGAUUCAAUGUACCGGCCAAACUUUAUAACCUUAGUUGAAGAUUACGACGAGGUCAAUGAUAAGUAUUACUAUAAGAUUGGUGAUAUAUCCGGAUAUUUUGAUUUUGCUGCAAAAAUUGAACCUUGGUCCAAACAAGUUUUGGACGAGGAAGGAAAUUUAUAUGAAAAAGCCGAGCAGUGUGAAGGACGAAAUGUACUUAUACCCAAUUCCAUUGCUUACUGGGACGUUGAAUCAAUUCAACUUGCAGGUAUUGAAUACCACAAACAAAAUUUCCAAGAAAUGUUUUCGAAUGGAAAGGUGCCAGAUUUUAGUGCCAAUGAAAUAGUAUUUAAUGAUUAUAUGGGGGUGACAUUAUCAUCAGCAGAUAGAGAUGUGAGCAUUGUUCAUGUCAAAGGGUUAUUAAAUUAUAUUUUGCAAUUACCCAGCUUAAUUGAUGAUUCAUUGGUUGUCAAUAAUGAAGUAACAUUCCAAAAGAAAGGUCAUGACUUGAACGUUAGAUGUGCCAUGAUUGCUAGUAAAGAAUACUGUAAAUCCUACGCAAUAAAGCAUGGAGUGAAAAUAGAUGAAAAUCCUGAUGAAACCUGA